CCCAAAGUACCUACACUCAGUUCCGAUAAGGCAGUGACCCUCUCCCCCUCGACUCCUUAUCACAACUGAAUUUCAUAUGUAAACGGAAAUGUAAACGGCACCGUGCACACCCUGGAAAUAGACCUGGGUACCUUGGCUUCUUAGCUUCUUAGCUUCUUGGCUUCGAAAUCCCCUUUCGGGAAAUAUAGAUGUACAUUAUUUCAUCAGCCGCAAACCCGUAACGAAACUCAAAGCUGCGCAACUUCACUUCACAUACCAAAACGACGUGCUCUCGCGAUCGUCUCACCCUCCCUGCACUCCUUAUCCUUCCGUCUAUCUUGAUUUAUUCCAUUCUUCUUCUUGAUACCACAUUAUGAGUGCGUGCUGAGCAUCACCAUCAUCAUCAUACAGCUAGCCCAUCAUGACCCUCCCCUACCGGGACAUUAAUGUCCACGUAGCAGCAGACUCCUAUACUUUCACCUCUCCCUCCUCCCCUAAUGCUCCGGCUCUUAUCGUCGACCGUCCUACAGGUGACGUGAGGCUGAGCGAAGCUUCUCACUUCCCUAGCAAGCGCGUCUCUCGCGUCUCUAGUAUACCUGGCAUACUCGGCUUUCUCAAACUUAGACUUGAUAAAUAUGUCAUCGUCAUCACGAAGAGCCAGCCCGUGGGCCGUCUCAAGGGCCAUAUGGUAUACAAGAUCAUUUCGACCGAGUUCCUCCCUAUGCGCGAGCGACAGAUCCGCGAUCCUGAUGAAGACCAGUUCCUAUCCCUACUUAAAACUUACAUUAUGAAAGGACCCAUGUACUUCUCCUACUCCCUCGAUCUUACCAACAGUUUUCAGAGACAAGCUACCAUGGACAAUUCGAGCCCGCUUUGGAUGCGAGCCGACGAUCGUUUCUUCUGGAAUAGAUUUGUACAGUCCGACCUCAUAAACUUUCGCAGAACCGGUAACAGAUCGCAACCAGGCCCUCAACCAGGCGCCGACCCCUAUAUCCUACCGGUGAUAUGGGGAACGCUCGAGAUACGACCCACUACAUUUAAGAAUACGCCCCUGACUCUUGUUCUGAUCACCCGUAAGGCAAGACACCGGGCUGGGACCAGAUACUUCACGCGAGGUCUUGAUGAGGAGGGACACGCCGCAAAUUACAACGAAACCGAGCAGAUUGUCGUUUUGAACGACACAGGUCGAGGCUUGGGCGGAUAUGCCGGAAGUACCGACAUGCAAAGCGGCAAAUACCGUAGCUCAGAAGGAGCGGAGACACAGGUUUUAUCUUACGUCCAAACGCGAGGCAGCGUACCUGUGUAUUGGGCCGAAAUAAAUGCCCUCAAAUAUACCCCUAAACUUCAGGUCAGGGGUAUCGAAACAGCUCUGCCCGCGGCCAAGAAGCACUUCGACGAGCAGAUUCGAAUCUACGGCGAUAAUUACCUGGUGAAUCUCGUCAACCAGAGCGGGCGCGAAAAGCGCAUCAAGGAAGCCUACGAGCAGAUAGUGCAGAUGCUCGUUUCCUCGCCGACGGACAAGGUUAAAAGUGACGCCAUCACCGACGAAAAGUUCCACGUUAUCGAGCCCAGCUCCUCGAAACAGGAAUAUGACCGGUUACACUACGUCUACUUCGAUUACCACCACGAGACCAAGGGCAUGCAGAUGCACAAGGCCAUGUUGCUCGUCGAGCAGCUUCAAGACGCUCUCCUAAAGCAGCAGUACUUCCGGGGCGUAGACAUGCCUGCCAACGGCGGCCUCGAGACUAGGAACUUUCAGACCAGCGUUGUGCGGACGAACUGCAUGGAUUCUCUCGACCGCACAAACGUCGUUCAAAGUAUGCUGGCGCGAUGGACGCUGGACCGCAUGUUCACCGACCUCGGUCUGCUCCAACGAGGCGAGACUUUCGCCACUGCGGAUGUUGCUUUCGAAUUCCUUUUCAGGAACAUAUGGGCCGACAACGCCGAUACCGUAUCUAAAGCUUACGCAGGCACCGGCGCUAUGAAAACGGAUAUUACUCGUACAGGCAAACGCACAAAGGCGGGUAUUUUACAAGACGGAAAUAUCGCCGUUACGAGAUUCUACCUAAAUAAUUUCCGGGACGGUCCUAGACAGGAUGCCUUCGAUCUCUUCCUGGGCGCCUACGAGCCUGCUGCCGCUAACAUCGGCUCCUCGUACAUAUUCGCGGAUCGCAGGCCUAUUCUCAUCCAGAGCAUCCCCUACGUCCUUGCGUUCAGCUUAUUCUUUAUCUUCGUGGGUCUCUUUACGAAGCGCCUCCCCGGUUCGACGGUCUGGACCAUCAGACUCUUCAUCCUAUUUUGGCUGGUUGUCGCCGCCUGGUGUUUCAACUUUGUUAUUAGCCACGGGAUGCUCUUUGUCAACUGGCCCAAGCUCAAUCCGCGACCGUGGGCCGUCGAGGGAUACCAAGACGCCAUCACCAAGAUCCACAAGGACGCUCUGCUAGGCCCCUUCGUGGCCCGGCACGAGCGCGGAUUGAGCGCGGCGCGCUAUCUCAACGCGGAAGAGGGCAAGAAGAGGAUCGAGUAAUUAAUUAUCCGGGAAAAAAAAAGGAGGAAAUGGAAAGCAUUAGGGGGAGGGGGGGGGGUUAUGUAUUUUUAUUUAAUUUCGUCUUGUCCCCUUAAAUCCCCGUUGGCCCGUUCGAGAUUAUCGUUUCAAAUUAAUUGCGUAAUUUUAUCUUUACUUCGUUUCUUGUCUGUGUGUCUUGUAUGUAUUUAGAAGGGCUAUUUUAUCAUUUUAGUUGGAGUUUGCGUUAGGAGUUAGUUGUACGCCGACGUUCAGUUUACCAAUACCUAAAGCAUUAAGAGGUUGGCGGUACCUAAUGGCCUGAGCCUCGCGUAUUCACUUGGCCCCCCUUAACCGUUUAAUGUUGCUAUUUCGAAUCAUAAUUG